CCAUGGGAGGAGCGUACGUGACACAUCAAAACUUGACAACAGCUCAGCACGGUUAGCAGACAGUGGUGUUCAGGGAUCUACGGCUCAGCCACUGUCUAAACAGGUACGGUAAAGUCAAAGUUCACCUGAGCAAUUUAGGACAACAUCGUUGGCUCCUACUACAACACAGCAGACGGAAAGAAAAACGGGAUUUGGAGGACAACGUCUGAAAGCCAAAACCAGCAUCGCUCCUAAGUAAACUUGAAAGUUGUUGAUUUUACCACUGUCAGCUGCAAAGGUAUCUCCGUAAUGGAGUUUCCAGAUUUAGGUGAACACUGCUCUGAGAAGACAUGCAAACGUUUAGAUUUUCUUCCUAUGAGAUGUGACGCCUGCCAAGAGAUUUUCUGCAAGGACCACAUAACCUAUGCAAACCACAAAUGCACGUCAUCCUACAAAAAGGAUGUCCAGGUCCCAGUAUGUCCUUUGUGCAACACCCCCAUUCCCAUCAAGAGAGGAGAGAUGCCCGACAUUAAAGUCGGUGAACACAUUGAUCGGGACUGCAAGUCAGACCCUGCACAAAGAAAAAGAAAGAUUUUCACAAAUAAAUGCUCUAGAGGAGGCUGUAAGCAGAAGGAAAUGAUACGAGUGACAUGUGACCAGUGCCAUUUAAAUUACUGUCUUAAACACCGGCACCCAUUAGACCAUGAUUGUAAGACUGAUGGGAAACCUCUGUCCAAAUCAGGACAUGCUGCUGUAAUGAGGACCCAAGGUGCUUCCUCCACCUCCACCUCUGCCUCUGGGUCUAGUUCAUCUGCUUCAGGAAACUCUAGACCUGUUUCUAAUGGUGUGAGUUCAAAUACCAGAGGCCACAGCAGUGGCACUACCCCGCGGAUGCCUACUUCUGUUUCAGCACAGAAUGUAAUACCGCCAUCAGCUUCAUUUCAGGCUGGCAUGACGGAGGAGCAGGCUUUACAAAGGGCUCUGGAGAUGUCUUUGGCUGAGUCGAAGCCGACAGUUCAGCCGACACUUAGCCCUCAGGAGCAGGAGGAUCUGGCUCUCGCUCAGGCUCUCGCUGCCAGCGAAGAAGAAUACAGACGCCAGCAGCAGAGACAACAGGGGAGAGAAUCCAAACAGUCCAACUGUAGCCUUUCUUAAUCACGGACUACCACAAAAAUUUCAAGCUGUGCUAAUUAUCUACUAGAAGCUGCACAUCUGGGAUAUCAACAUCCACGAUCAAUGAUUGUUACAUGAAGAAAUACUGUUGGAAGUUGCAGAGAUAUUUACCGCCUUCUACAACAUAAAGCACAUACUUUCCCAGCAGGAUCUGUCAUUUUUACUAAUGAUUUGCUCUGUACAUAUUUUAUAUGCUGAUCAUGAGGAAUCCAUUAUAUUACCAUAUAUGAAUAUUGAAUAAAUUAUUUCAAAGAUG